CUUCUCUCCUGCCCCAGUGACAGAUCAUCCAAGCUGUGAGCCAUGGCCUCCAAAAUCCAGAUGCCGGCUCCUUUGUGCCUGAUUGAGAACAGGGACAGGAAGUUGGUUGUCCAUCAGGAAGCCCUUCAGGUGCUCUCUGGAAUCCAUCAGCCCGUGGUGGUGGUGGCCAUUGUGGGGCUCUACCGAACGGGCAAGUCCUACCUCAUGAACAAGCUAGCUGGCAAGAACUCAGGUUUCCCUCUGGGCUCCACGGUGCAAGCCAACACCAAGGGAAUCUGGAUGUGGUGUGUUCCCUACCCUGACAGACCAGACCAGACCCUUGUGCUUCUGGAUACAGAGGGACUCGGUGACGUGGAAAAGGGUGACACUCAGAACGACUCCUGGAUCUUUGCCCUGGCUGUCCUCCUCAGCAGCACCCUGGUCUACAACAGCAUGAGCACCAUCGACCAGCACGCCAUGGACCAGCUCCAUUACGUGACAGAACUGACUGAGCGCAUCAAAUCCAAAUCUUCACCUGAGAAGAAUUUAGAGGCACUGGAAGAUUCCGCCGAGUAUGUCCGCUUCUUCCCAGUGUUCAUCUGGGCCGUGAGGGAUUUCACUUUGCAGCUGGAACUGAAUGGACAGCCCUGCACUCAAGAUGAAUAUCUGGAGAAUGCCUUGAAGUUAAAGAAAGGUAACUCCCAUGAGGUUCAGCUCUUCAACCUGCCCCGCGAAUGCAUCCGACUGUUCUUCCCUACCCGGAAAUGUUUCAUCUUUGACCGCCCCACCAAUCGAAAGAACCUCCGCCGGCUGGAGGAGAUGGAGGAGAGGGAGCUGGAACCUGACUUUGUGGAGCAAGCAAGCCAGUUCUGCCGCCAUGUCUAUAAGACCUCCAAGCCAAAGACCAUCCCAGGAGGGCAUGUUAUCACUGGGCGCUUGCUAGCAAACUUGGUGGAGACCUAUGUGGACACGAUCCGCAGCGGGGGCGUGCCUUGCAUGGAGAACGCAGUGCUGGCUCUGGCUCAGAUUGAGAAUUCGGCUGCUGUGCUCGAAGCCACUGGCCGCUACGUGGAGCUGAUGGACCAGACGCUGAAGCUGCCGACAGAGACGCUCCAGGAGCUCUUGGACAUCCAUGCGAAAUGUGAGGACGAGGCCCUUAAGGUCUUCAUGGCCCGUGCCUUCAAGGAUGACAAGCAGCAGUUUCAGGCUGAGCUGACGCGAGCCCUAGUUCAGAAGAAGGAGGCGUACUGCCGGCGGAACGAAGUGGAAUCCUCAAAACGCUGCAAGGCUCUGUUGAUGAGGCUUUCUAAGGAACUGGAGGACAGGAUCAACCAGGUUUUCUACUCCCGACCUGGUGGCUAUCAGGAUUAUCUGAAUGACUUGAGGAUGGUAGAAGUGAGAUACACCCAGGAAUCAGGAAAAGGAGUCAUGGCGGAGGCCGAACUGGAGCAGUUCUUCAAGGACAAGGAGGCUGUGGGAAGAGCCAUCCUUCAGAGCGAUGAAGCCCUCACACAGAAAGAGAAGGAAGCUGAAGAGGCCAGGGUGAGGGCCGAGGCAGCCGAGCGAGAGAGUGAGCUCCAGAAGCAGCAUCAGGCUAUGCUGGAGCAGAAAAUGGAGGAUCAGAGGCGAAGUCAUGAAGCCAACAUUCAGCACCUGAUGCAGAAGCUGGAGGAGGACAGGAAGAAGCAGCUAGAAGAGCAGGACAAGAUGGUGGAGGCUAAACUCCGGGAGCAAAAGACAAUGCUGGAAGCCGGAUUCCAAAAACACGCCAAUCAGCUAAAUGACCAGAUCAAUCAGCUGAGAAAAGAGAGCGAAGACCUCAGGAAGCCAUCUUGGCUAUCCAGUCUCCUGGAUGCUGCUUCAGUGGUGCUUUCACUGGUGAUUCCAGGGUUAGCUGGCAAAGCUGUUGCAGUGGUCUCCCAAUUUUUCAAGCGCUUGUAA